AUAGUUGAAUUCUUUAAUCAUGUCAUGCACCUUUGAUGAUGCCUUAUUGACACCACCCCCUUAACAUAUAGUAUCAUAUAACAACACACUAUAUAUACAUUUCUUCUACUUUAUAAAAAAAAAAUAUAUUAACUUAAAAAACAUAUACUAUUCAUCUUUUAACUCUAUCAUAACAAAAUUUUUUACUUGUAAAAAUUUUUGCAAUAAUUUUUUGAGAAAUGGGAAGAAUUCCAUGUUGUGAAAAGGACAAUGUCAAGAGAGGGCAAUGGACUCCUGAGGAAGAUCACAAGCUUUCAUCUUACAUUGCUCAACAUGGAACUCGUAAUUGGCGUCUCAUUCCUAAGAAUGCUGGUUUACAAAGAUGUGGAAAAAGUUGUAGAUUGAGAUGGACAAAUUACCUUAGGCCUGAUCUCAAACAUGGCCAAUUUUCAGAAGCAGAAGAACAAACCAUUGUCACACUUCAUUCUGUUCUUGGCAAUAGGUAAAACUUUACGCUGCAUUUCUGCGACAGGUUGUUUCUUGUAUUAUGCCGUUGAUUGUGGAAUAUCGAUUGCAUUGAAGUAGAAGAUUCUAAAUUCGGGGAUCAAAGAGUUUUAGAAACGAUAUAACCUUGUGGCCUAUCGUGGCCCUCCUGAUCUCAUGACGACAACUGUUAUUGUUGCACCAAGAAUACCCUUCUAUAUCAAUCGAUAGCAGAGCUAAGUUUAAUCAAGGGGGUUCGAUUAAAUCCCGGUCUUAUUAGAAAUUCUGUCUCCGCCACUGGAUGUAGUUGAUUGGUUAGAUAUCAAAGACCUAUUGACCUUUCCAAUUACUCAUUGUUUCUAACAUUUCUUCUAAGUUAGCUUUGUGUCUUCCAACAUUAGUAGCAUAACUAUGUUGCUCGGACUCUAAAAAAAUGUUGUCGCAUUCAUGUCAAAUACUAUUUAUGGACCCGAACUUGAAUGAUCUAUCCAUGACUAGGAUGAAGCUUGGGUGAAACUAAGUGGAGGUCCGAACCGACUGAUGUUAAAGAAUCAACGGAUGAGCUGUGGUUAGGAGUGAAAUGCCACUCGAACCCAGAGCUAGCUGGUUCUACCCGAAAUGCGUUGAGAUGCAACAGCUGACUGGUAGAGCACUGUUUCGAUGCGGGCCGCGAGAGCGGUACCAAAUCGAGGCAAACUUUGAAUACUAGAUAUGACCUCAAAAUAACAGGGGCCGCGGUCAAAGUCUGCAAGUGAGACGAUGGGGGAUAAGCUUCAUCGUUGAGAGGGAAACAACCCGAAUCACCAGCUAAGGCCCUUAAACGACCGCUCUCUCUUCAUAAAAUACACUAUUUUUGAAGAACACGACACCCCAUCAACAUUUUUGAAGAGUGUGAGCAACACAGAACAACAUAGAACAUAACGGCAUUCUUCUACAUAUCUGUCGAAACUAAGGCCCUUAAACGACCGCUCUCUCUUCAUAAAAC